AUGGUCACAAGUCCUGAUAUGUUAUGGUUGGUUAUAACGAGUGGCAUAGCAUGUUUUUUUAUGGCCUUUGUUACUGGAGCUAACGACAUAGCGAAUACAUUUAGUACAUCUAUAGGUUCAAAAGCUAUAUCUAUAAAAAAGGCUUUAAUAGUUGCAUUUUUUUUUGAAGCAUUAGGAGCUUCCUUAUUAGGAGGUACAGUUACAGAUUCGAUACGUUCGAAGAUAAUAAAUUUUCAAGUUUUCUAUGACACUCCAGAAUUUUUAAUGUUAGGUAUGUGUUGUGCCCUUAUGGGUGCAACUGUUUGGCUAGCUAUAGCUACAAGAGCUGGAUUACCAGUAUCCACAACACAUAGUAUUAUAGGAGCAUUAUUAGGUUUUGGUUUAGCAACUGGUAAUAUGAAAUCAAUAAAAUGGGAGAAAAUAAAUAAUAUUGUAAUAUCUUGGCUAGCUGCUCCAAUAUUAGCUGGUACCUGUUCUGCUAUUGCAUUUACUUUAUUAAGAAUGUUGAUUUUAAGAAAAAAGAAUUCAUUUGAAAUAAUAAAAAAGAUGUAUUGGUUUUUAAUAUUUUUAAUUACAUUACCAUUUAGUGUAUUUCUAAUAUUUCAUAACCCUAUUGUAAUAAAUACUCAAUGUGAGAUGAAAAAAGAUGGAAAGAUAAUAGUAUCAUCACCAUGUUAUAUUGAAGAUUGGAGUGCUGCUCAUAGUUUUUAUGCAUCUGUUAUAUGUAUCAUCUUAUCAUCUGUAUUAACAGCAGUAGGUUCUUUUAUUAUAUAUAUUAUAUAUAACAAAAGAAUUAAUAAUUACAAUUUAAAGAAAAAAUUAUUUUGUGAAGAAUUAGCUGAUAUAGAAAAAAAUGCACAGAAUAAUUUCUGCGCUAUUAAUAAUAGUAGUUUAAAUUCGGUAGCAUCAAAUGAGACACAAUUAACACAAGCAAAUAAUAAUAUGGCAAAACAAAAUCAAGUAGUAAACAUCAAUAAGAGUAGUAACAGUAUAAUAUUGAUGUUGCCAGAAGACAAAAAUGGUAAGGGUCAACAAGAUAAUAACAAAAUGAAUGGAAUCGAAAAAAGUGCAAGUGCAGAAGGAAACCAUGUGGUACCACCUAUUAAAGAUAAUACAACAGAGGAGAAAUCAUCUGAUAAUACAUUAAAAAAAAAUGUUGAAAAUAAGGAUGUCAAUAGGAAUGAAAAUAAUAAUAACAACGAGAGUGGUGAUAAAGGAGGCAAUGUAAAAAAUAUGGAAAAUAUUAUCAUUGAAAAUUUUGAUCCACAAACUGAAAUUGUAUUUUCGUCUUUACAAAUUAUAAGUGCUAUACUAGGUGUUGUAGCUCAAAGUGCAAAUGAUACAGCUAAUGCUAUUGGUCCAUUUGCUGCAGUUUUUAAUGCAUAUAAUAAUGGAAUAAGAGAUAAAAUUAAAGUACAAUGGUAUAUACUUUUAUUUGGUGGUUUAUCUAUGUCUUUAGGUUUAUCAAUUAUGGGUUAUAGAGUUAUUAAGACUGUUGGUAUGAAAUUAAUUAAAAUAACACCAGCUAGAGGUUUUACCAUCGAACUUAUUUCAGGACUUGUUGUUUUAUUUUUUAGUAUAUGUGGUAUUCCUUUAAGUUCUACACACUGUGCAGUUUCAAGUGUUAUCGGUCUAGGUUUAGUUGAAGCAAAAAUUAAUGCAGACAAUAAAAAACAGGCAAGAAAAUCUAUGGACAAAGAUAUUAUUCAAAUUGACAAAGAUAAAAGUUUUACCUUAACUGAAAAAAUGAAAUAUCCAUUUUCUUUUCUUAAUACAUCCUGUGUUAAUCUUAGAUUAUUUAGAACAGUUUUUCUUUCAUGGAUACUUACCGUAGUCUUUUCAG